AUGAGAUGAUAUGUUGAUGAGUACAUCAAUAUUUAGAAGGACACAAGGAUCUCUACAAGGGACGUCAUGAUGGACAAUCAGCCGCCCCUCACGAUCACCGAUGGAAAUCCAGUCAUGGGAAACCCACCAGAGAGAAGUCCCCGUCCUCUGUUUUCCGGGAUUUCCACACAGGAAAGGUCACACCAUUCCCUCAACCAUCAUCAGAUGGAAUUCCUCGGAGGGAUGAGUAAUAUUGAUGUUUAAAGAAGAGUAUUAAUAGAGCGAGGAUGAGGAUGUAUGGAGUGAUGGAGGAGUUUUCAGAAGGACACAAGGAUAUGAUGGAGCCACCUAAUAUACCAGGAACCCACCAGAGAGAUGUCCCGUCCUCUGUAUUCCCGGGAGAUUCCACACAGGAAGGUCACACCAUCCCUCUACCACUAUUACAAGGUUGGUGGGAUGGAGAGCAUCUAGAACAU